AUGGCCCCUAUACAUCGAAUAUUCUCAUCGGCUAAUAACAAGCCCUAUCGAACUAAGCAACUCGAGGAAGAAACCCCCCCGUACUUGAACGAGGAUGGCUACGUCGACUUUGCACCGGGCGAUAUUCAGAACCCACAGAAUUGGUCUACUGCUCGGCGCUGGUCUGUCACGUUCUCAGCUGUGUUGCUCGUACUGAAUGCUACCUUUGCAUCGAGCUCACCAAGCGGAUGCUUCCCGUCUAUCUCAGAACACUUCCAUGUAUCCGAGUUGGUAGCAGGCUUGACCAUCACCCUGUUUCUACUGGGUUACUGUGCCGGACCGCUCAUCUUCGCACCACUAAGUGAGCUCUACGGAAGAAGAUGGAUCUUCUACAUCACCUUCACGCUAUAUCUCAUCUUUAACUUUUUGUGUGCCUGGGCGCCUAACUUUGGCGCCCUCCUUGUCGGUCGUUUCCUCACGGGAACCUUUGUCUCUGCACCCCUUAGCAAUGCACCUGGCGUACUCGCAGACCUGUGGACCCCGAUCGAGCGUGGCAAUGCCAUGGCAGGGUUCUCUGCUAUGGUAUGGGUCGGGCCAGCACUAGGGCCUGUCAUUGCUGGGUUCCUCGAGCUGAAGAAGGACUGGCGUUGGAGUUUCUAUGUGCUUCUCUGGCUUGGUGGCGCAACAGCUCUCAUCAUGUUGACUAUUCCCGAGACACAUGCUCCCACAAUUCUCCUUAAGAAGGCUCGAAGAAUACGGAAGGCAAAGAUUCCUGGAUAUGAGAAUGUUAAAACUCGUUCUGAAGAGGGUGAUCGUACACUGAAGACUGUGUACCGUAUCGCCUUGACCAGACCGUGGAUUAUCCUUUUCGAUACCAUAUCAUUCCUCUGCGCAGUCUACAUGUCUGUAGUCUACACAUUAUUGUAUAUGCUUUUCAGCAUCUAUCCAAUCGUGUUUCAGCAGCGACGCGGCUGGAACCCCGGUGUUGGAGAGCUGCCCUUGAUUGGGACUGUAAUUGGUGCAUUCAUUGGUGGUGGCAUAGUUUUGAUUGAUACGAGAAUUAGAAAGAAAAAGAUUGAGAAUGGGGACAAACAGAUGGAGCCCGAAGAUAGACUGUCAUUGGCAAUGAUCGGAGGUGUUGGUUUUGCCGUGACCAUGUUCUGGUUUGCAUGGACGGCUGAGUAUAAUUCUAUCCAUUGGAUCGUACCGACAUUGGCGGGAACUUUCCUAGCUACAUCUUUGAUGUUGAUCUUCGUGGCUUUCUUGACAUAUCUCGUCGACGUCUAUCUUAUGUACGCGGCAUCUGCUAUUGCAGCUAAUACUAUUGCUCGAUCAGCGUGCGGCGCUGCUGCCCCCUUAUUCACAACACAAAUGUUCGAUACACUGGGAGUUGGUGGUGGUGGAAGUCUGAUCGGAGGAGUUGCUACAGUUCUAGCCGUUAUACCGUUUCUAUUCUACAGAUACGGUAAGAAGAUUAGAAUCAGAAGCAAAUUUGCACCGACAGAGGAGAAAAGCGAAGCUAGGGAGAAGGAUGAGGAACAGGCCAGCAACAAUGCCACUGCGCGGAGGAAUAUCACCAUGGGACGGACAGUAAUUGCAUUUGACCUCUACGGUACUAUUCUCUCCACCGGAUCGAUAGCAGGAGAGCUGGCAGAACUAUACGGGCAAGAUAACGCUCAGUCAAUUGCCGCUCUAGCAAGGCGAUACCAGCUUGAGUCAACAUGGCGCGUGACCAGCAUGGGCACUUAUCGCACAUUUAGUGACUUGACGAGAUGGUCGUUUCGGCAAGCUACGAAAGAGAUUGGUGUUGAGCUCACCCCGGAGCAGGAAGAGCGUAUCAUGGAUGCAUAUAACGGCCUCGACACAUUCCCAGAUGUGGAUAGAGCACUUGAAAAACUGGCAGAGCAUGCAUCUAUCGAUCCAUACAUCUUCUCAAACGGAACCAAAGCCAUGAUGACAUCGUCACUUGAUACAUGCCCAACUUUGUCAAGAGUGAGCAACAUAUUUCCCCAUGAGAAAGUUGUCAGUAUCGAUCCUCUCAAAGUGUUCAAGCCGCAUCCUCGUACGUAUGAGUUCAUGGCUGAGACAGCGGGGAUGAAGUCUCAGCUUGAUAGGGUAUGGUUGGUAAGCUCAAACCCAUUCGACGUCACUGGUGCUGUAUCUUUUGGAUUCAAGAGUGCAUGGAUCGACCGUGAAGGCAAGGGCUGGACUGAUACACUGGGAUGUUCACUGGGGCUUCAGCCAACAGUGAUAGCAUCUGGCGUGGAUGAAGCGGUGCAGGUAAUCAUGCGUCAGUCGGAGGAGUUUAAGUAG